GGCGAGCGCUCGCGUUCACGUGUUAUCGUGCGCACAAUUUUCCGACGGCUCCUGAUCCGCAUCGGCGGCAUUCUAUGGUGUUUUCCUUUCAGUUUAUUGGUGCUAAUUCGUGCCGGGCAUAAAGAAACAUCGGACGGUAGAGCCGGCAGUUCUAGCGUGUUCGGUGCGGCUCGUAAAAAUUAUAGGUGCUUUCGGCGGAUGCGAUGAAUAAAUUUUGCAAAUCGAGUCUGUGUGUUGAAAAGGUUCGUGAGAGCUAUGUUUUGAUCGGUCACCGAGUGGUGGUGGCGGGAAGUGCGGAUGCGAUUCGGCUGGCGUUGUUAGGGCUCAUCUCGGUGAGACUGCUGCUGUGGUGCCGGCUGUUGGCACCGGUGCGAUUGCUCCCCGACGGACUCGAGGAUUCGCAGCCGGUUCUUCGGCUGGUGCCCGUUGCGCGCUAGGUGAAAACGAGUGAAUCGAACGUUACCCGUGAAGACUUCUUAAUAAGAAGACUUAAGUGCCAUUCGAAACCAGUUUACCAGAGCAGUGAUAUCUAGCCUUAGUGUAUCUAGUGAUAGUGCUAAUCGUGAUAAAUUUAGGCUUAGUGCUAACAGUUUUAGUGAUAAACGUAACCAAAAAGUAGCCAAGCUGGCUCCGUACAAGGAUAUAAUGAAUUCUACGAGCUUGAGCUCUACGGUGCCGACGAUAAAGUGUGAGGAUACCUCACCGUCGCCGUCAGCGCCCGUCGGGACAGACGGGGAAGGUGGAGCGUACAAUCUGAGCGUGAAUGUAAACCUCAGCGCAGCCAUGAUUAACUUCCUCUCAACAGAAAACAACAGCUCGACGACUCUUCGCACGCCAGAGAUCGUCAACGACGUGAUAACCAUGACCAAUCCUCUCGACCAGUACAAUUACAAUAAAAAUUCCGCUUUCAAGAGCGGAAGCGGAAAUGACUCCAACUCCUCUAUGUCCAACGGGUCGUCAGCAACUUCACCAGCCUCGGGGACUCCGCCGAGCAUACAAAAGACUUGCUCAGAACUCAUAAAGGCAGGACUGAAGUUGUCGAUCGAAUCAAAACGCAAGAUGUCUGGUAGCGACACGGACGGGACCGUCAAGAGGAUGAAACGGGAGGACAGCGACGAUGAAUACGAUAGUAGCCAAACACAACCUUCUAAGAGCGAGUUAACACCCGAGGAUGAAGAGCGUCGGCGGCGUAGAAGAGAACGCAACAAAAUUGCAGCGACGAAAUGCCGAAUGAAGAAGCGCGAGCGCACCGUCAACCUUGUCACCGAGAGCGAGGUGCUAGAGACGCAGAACAUCGACUUGAAGGCGCAACUUAAAGAGCUGGAAGUUCAAAAGCGGCAGCUGAUAGACAUGUUAGCAAUGCACGCAGCGUCUUGUAUUAAACAUAGCAACACGGCGACAAGAACAUCUCCUACGCAGUACAACAUGAUCCGAACAUACGAAUCACCAUCCACAUUCCCCACUACCUACGAAGCGCAAUCGCCUUAUAUUCGGCCAGAAUCAGCCAACAUUCUCGCGUCAAGCUAUACCUGUGUCACACCACUUAACGGUGAUAAUUCAAUAGACACUAUAGCGUCUCUAGACAGCUCUUAUAUGCCCCAACAAAUAUUGGAUCCUGAAUAUAGAGCUGAAAGUGUCCUCAAUCUACAACCUAAUUCUGAUGGCAAUUACGUCACCACAGACGGGUACCUUCCAAAAGCGACAAAUGUACUUGUACCAAUUGAACACGAGCAAGAUUACUAUGAUCCUGAAGUUCACUACAAUAUGACGGGUCCACAGUGCCACGCGUAUCCCGGCAGUGUUCCAGAUACACAAUCAAAAAUGAAUAACGGCCUCAAUGACGGCUGUCUCGUCUAGCCAUUAGUCACCCAUAAAGUUUUUGUCGGGUCCAAAAUUUUCAUUUUCGACAUGUAUACGUCUAAUUUUAAGCAUUGGAAGUUAAAUAAUUCGAAAUAUAAUGUCACCCUUUGAUUCGCGUUUUAAAACAUUGUUGUGAUAUAACAAAUAGUUUAUAGUCGGUGUAAAUUCUGUUUGGAUCUUUUUUAUUUGUACGAGAAAGUCUAUGGGGCGGGGAAUUUGUUUCGAAACGAAAUCGUAUGUCUACUGUGUAGAACAACAACAUGGAACGGUGGAGAACCACAAAAAAAUUUAAAAUCCAACUUUGAAAUUUAAUAUUGUGUAAAUACACGAGAUAUUCCAUUGAGUACACGAGUUUGAAUAAAAAUUAAAUCAUAGAUAAUUAGGUUUUUAAACGACAAUUAAUUUGUAUCAUUCAAUUUCGAACAGUCAGCCUUAAAAGUUUAUUUGAAAGCUGUUUGAGUUCAGUUGGCAUUCUCGAAGGCUAAACCACAUUUAAUUUUGUCAAAAAGAAAGAAUGAGUGAGGAGACAGAUGCCAUUCAAAAUACUUCAAUCCCUGUCUAUUUAUUUUCUUAACUCUUCAAUAGUGUUGUGAAAUAAUAAGUCGCCAUGUUGGGUAACAUUCAAAAUGAAACUGUGAAACAGUUAAUAGGUAGGUAUUUCACAUAUAUUUUUUUAGAUGUUUAAAAUCCUAACAUAAAAUUACAAUUUGUUUUAUCGUUUAAGUUCUAUGAUUUUGCUUUGAUCUGUAUAAAAUAUUUAUAAGUGUUUUGAGAUCUGAUUUUCGUUUUUUGGAAUGGUGCAAUUAUGUUCGAGGGACAAGUAUAAAUAAUGUUUUCACAAUUACCGUAAGAGUCUAGUCCUGUGAUUGUGAAUCCAAAAAAAAUUACCCAAAUGUAAAGUUACAAACAUCACAUAAUAAGUAUGUUAUUCCAGUACAAUAAAAUAAUAAAUACAAAGAUACCUCCUGUUGAAAUUCCGAGAGUAUAUUUUAUAUGUUACGAUAAAAGUUUGUAGAAGUAUAUUCGCAGUUUAUUGGAUAUUCCACAUUUAUAAAAGUGUUAUACAUAUUUGUAUAAGCUAAUAUAGAUUUAAGGUGCUUUAACUCAGAGUAAGACGUGAUAUAAUUCUUUGAAUAUUUUUGAUUAUAAUACAUUGUUCAUAAUAUUGUAUUAAAGUAUAUUUAUGUGUACGUAGAGUAUUAUGGAUACAGAAAUCGCAUAAAAAGUUAUAUAAAACACUACUUUGAAAGUGCCUCCAUUUGAUUUAGGGAGUCAGCACACUAAACGACACGGAAUCGCAUUAAUCCGGUCAUAAAACAGCUUUAUAAUUUAAUGUAAUAAAAGCGAAAAAGACGUUUCGGACCGAUGCGAAAGACAUAACGUCUUUUCCGCUUUUACUACAUGGACAUAAAGUUUUUUCUGACCGGCUUGAUGCGCUUCCUUGUCGAUAAGUGUGGUGACUCCUUACUCGGAAACAUAAUAUUAGUAUUUUUGUAGACCAUUUUAAACAUAUACGAAUAACUAAGUACAUUUGUCUGAGCUACGGGCAAUUUAUAAGUCAUAAUUGUUCACUUUAACGAAAACAGGUGCACACACUAUACACUUACUCACUUUAUACACUUACAUAUAAUAAGUGUAGAAACUUUUAAUAAAUUGGUUGUAAAUGUACGAUAAUUAUUGCGUAACAACUGGAGUUGUACUGUUACGCGAUCCAUACAAUAUUGUACGUAUACAUUAAGUUAAGGAAUAUCCGAAUGCCAAAGUACAUCGUUCACAGUAAUUCACUACGUGUUUGCAUCUUCGACAAAUCGACAAUGUUGGCCUAUUUAGCAAUAGAAGUUACAGAAUAUAGCAGACUGAACCAUGCAGCUCAGAUAAAUGAAGUGAUUAUACGAUGGACGGAUUUCUGUAACAUUAUUGGGUAUUAAGUUGCAUUGAAUUGAUUGCUUGAAAAAUAAAUAAUAUCGUCAUACAUAUACACAUGUCACACUAACUUAAAUUUAUAGUAUCUCUUUCUCACUAAAAACAUGUACGUAGUUGAUUGCCAUAUAUUUACAGGGUUUUGGGUAUUGUAAACAAAAUGGGGUUUGGUACAAAAUUCGAACAAAGUAAAAAUUCUACGAUAAAAUAUAUCCCUUAAAAAUAGCUACAUUGACAUUUAAAAGUAAAAAGAAGUAACACGAAUUUUAACUUUGUUCUUACCAAAUUCUAUUUUGUUUGCUUGUUCUAUUGAUACCAAACUACGUCUUUGAAGGUUUGCACUCAAGUACUACUUAUCACACUGGUAUAUCAUUUUUUAAAAUUAAAUAACGUAAUUUUGUUGUCCAUCGUAUAAAAAAUCGUGAUAUAAGUACAGUUUAAAAGUAAGACAGUGCCUUCUGCGUACCGGUGAGCCUAGUCUUUGAUUGCACAUGCAGUCAAGUCGUGUGAGCAUUUAUUUUUAUAUCGUCGGUUAUAAAGGGCCCAAUUUUGUAUUUAACGCUCACUAACUAGUGCUUGUAUCCAUGAAAAUAUGCGUAGUUUGUUAGAUUGGAAAAGUUUUCAGUUUCAGUAGAAAGCAAUUCAAAGGUGCCAUCUAUGGUGGACGACAAACUCAAUCGCUGGCAACUUAUAAAAAGCCAUGGCCUCUUUAUGCUUUCGCGGUUUUGCAAACAAGUGUUGCGACUGUUAAGUGGGUUGGCUACAUUGGUGUAAAUUUGCGCCAGAAAAGAAAAAUAAAUUUAUCCCGUUCAUGGGCGGGUCAACAUUUUUGUGGAUGAUAUUUAAAAAGUGCCGCACAUAAAAAAGUACGUCGCGUUGUUGAUACUUCUAUAUGGAGCAGCAGUAGGCGGGCACUACACAGAAAGGACUUGGAAAUCACACUGUAAAGCCCAUAGUUACUUUUUUGACAUCCAUACAGCAAAUGUGUUCCCCGUACUAUCAUAUUCUGAUACAUAAUUUUACAGUAAACGCCGUUACUGUCCAUGAACAUGUUAGGUGCAUCAUUUAGAAUAUUCGUUAAUUCAACUGUCAAAUUUAAAUAGCUUUUUACAAAAAUACAUUUAAAUAAACGCAGUUUAAAAUUAUUGUGAGCGGACAAAUUUCAUGACCACAAAUUUUACAGCUCUACGUAAACAACAAAAAAAGUUAAUUAAUAUAGCAUUCGCACGAAUUGACCCAUUGUAGACCAAAGGCCUUAUAUACUCUAAGAUUCCAUAGCCUCGAUAAUUAGCUCGUUGUACGAGUAAUUAAAAUGGCUAUUCAUGGUGCUAUCACUACUUAGAUGAUCGUUAUACUAAAUUGGGACUCUAUUAUUGUGAUAAAACGAAACGUUAUUUAUUAGAAUGGAUCACAAGUGAACAGGUGUUCUAAUUUGUUUUAUUUAAAAAAUCUUGUGUAACAAGAGUUCAAGUCUUCGUAUGGUUAACGUAGUUUCGUCUUUUAUUCUUAUUCAUAAAAUACAAUGG